AUGAGCUCUCUCAGCCCCAACACUAACAAGUCAUCGGCUCUGCCGAAGUCGGUACACCACCAGACGUUCCGCAUCAACGCUGACAAGUCCAAGGCAACAGCGGCGGGAUUCCCGAUCUGUCUGGUAACUGGCGGCGCUGGCUAUAUCGGGUCGCACACGGUGCUGGAGCUGCUCACUGCUGGUUUUGCGGUGGUUGUCAUUGACAAUCUCUGCAACAGUCACCUUGAGUCACUCUGUCGCGUGCAUCACAUCGUGACAAAGGAGUACGAGAGGUGCGGAGAGACCUCUCGGGUCGUCCCCCCCAUUCUUUUCCACAAGGUGGAUAUCCGGGACGCGCCAAGCGUCAAUGCAGUCUUCUCAUUCUGGCAAAAUGCUAAAGCCGCUCUCGAACCAGAGCUGCUCCCCAUCGAUGUUGCAGCAAUGGUGGCCAAGAAGGCGUACCCAAUGCUGGAGUACAAGAUCGACACUACAAGAAGAACGCAGACCACUCCCUUGACUAAUCACCCCGAGACUCACGGAAAGAUAGUCUCUGUCAUUCAUUUUGCUGCCUUGAAGGCGGUUGGAGAGUCUAUCUCCAAGCCACUUGACUACUAUGACAGCAACAUUACGGGUCUCUUGGUGAUCCUCCGCGCCAUCGAGCGGAACAAUAUCAACACAUUCAUUUUCUCAUCUAGCGCUGUCGUUUACGGAGCGGGCCACGAGGCCGGCAUUACGGAGGACACCGUUCAAGUUGCAGGAAAAGGUACAGGCGGCGGUCUCCUGACCAACCCAUACGGACGAUCAAAGUGGAUUUCCGAGGAGAUCAUCAAUGACUUCUGUAUCGCCCACCCCCACUUCCACGCCACCUCCCUGCGAUACUUCAACCCGACUGGAGCUCACCCAAGUGGUCUCAUCGGCGAAGACCCCAAGGGUACCCCCAACAACAUCGUCCCAGUCAUCAUGCAGGCAUACGCACGGCGUCGCAGCAGGGUGCACGUGUUCGGUUCCAACUAUGACACGGCGGAUGGAACGGGCGUCAGGGACUACAUCCACGUGUCUGAUCUCGCCAAGGGACAUCUUGCAGCUCUGCGAAAGGCUGUCUCCGAUAUCAUGGAAAACCCUGUCGACAAGUCGCCAAGCCAAUCCCCAACUUCACCGACGUUUCCCAACCAAGUACCUGGAGCCAACUACCACGCUUACAACCUGGGCACCGGCAGGGGCUACUCCGUGCUUGAGAUUAUCAAAGCCUUCUCAACAGCAGCCGGUACUUCUGUCCCCUUCACCGUCGAUGCCGCUCGACCUGGCGACCUGGGCACCGUGACCGCAUCGCCCGACAAGGCUUCGACGGAACUUGACUGGAAGGCCGAGUUCGACCUUCAAGACAUGUGCGAGGAUGUCUUCAAUUGGGCCCAAGCAAACCCAGGCGGCUACGAGGUCCUCCGGCGGAUGUCCACUCUCUCCGGACUUUCCCAUGGCAGCGCCGACAACCUGCGCCGGGCGAGCGUGGCAUCGAGCUUGUUUGACAGCGAGGAGGACUACAACAACUUCGUCAUGAACACCGCUUACCAGCUCUCUAACAAGAGCGCUGGCAACUCCCGCCCGGGCUCUGUCCGCCUCUCGAUCAGCGGUGCCUCGAUGGGUGCUGCUCUGACCAAGUUCCGAAACUUGUCCGUGUCAUCUGGUGGCAGUGAGGAGGACAAGAGCUCUGGCUCUAGCCCUACCGUUCCUAGCUUCUCAUUUUCCUGGGGAGGAAGCUCGAAGCGCCCGCUUUCUCAGGUCGGGCCAAUGACGCCUAUGACGCCCACGAGCUUGCAGCCCAUGAUGGAGGAAGAGGAGCCCCCAAGCUCGAAACCUGUUGCGGUCUAA